ACGUGUUACGUCACGAGAACGCGCUUCAAACAUGGCGGACAAGAGCAGUCAAGGGGAGCCAAAACCUGAAGCCCAGUUUGCAAAGAGAAUAGAUCCUACAAAGGAAGCUCUUACUCGGGAACAACUGCAGUUCAUCCGACAAGUGGAGCUGGCGCAGUGGAAGAAGAAAUCAGUCAAGCUCCGGGGUCGAAACGUUGCGACGGGACUCGCCAUCGGCGCGGUGGUUCUCGGCAUCUAUGGCUACACCUUCUACUCCGUAUCCCAAGAGAGAGUCAUGGAGGAAAUAGAUGAAGAGGCCAGAGCUGCAAAACUACAGGCUCCGAAGACCGGAGCCAACUAAAAUAAUGAACUUUAUCUUCAGGAAGUGUCUACACAUGACAACAGGAACUGACAUCACGCAAAUGACACCAGAAGAUGGAGCCACAUGCAUUGAAACCAGAGCUGGGUUACUUUGGUCCUGGACGUUUCAGCUUCAAUCUUGAUCAAACACACGUCUGUAGCUUUCUAGUGAGUUUGAAGACAUUAAUUAGCUUGUUCAGGUGUGUGUGUUCCCUCCAGGACUGAAGUUGCCCAGCCUCGGACUCCAUAUUUAACUGAUACAAGGAGAAAUCCUUUGUUUUUGCUAUGUUAUUACUAUAAAAAUAUGUUUCUGAGAUGCAGUUCAUGGAAUAUGUCAGUGGACACUGAAUGUCGUUAUAUUGCUUGUUGUACUAUGAAUAUAAAUACUUCCCACAGUAAUUAUGCUACUGGUGAUUUAUAGUGCAAAUACAUAAUCAGAGUAAGAAUAAUUUAAAGAAGGUUUUGUUUAUGUUUGUGUUUUUUUUUUUUAUGGAUCCAAUAAAAUAAAUACUCCAUCCACA